GAGUCUGUGAAGAGGCAGUCACGUGGUCAGAGCGACCGCGAGUAGUGGGAAAAACUUCUCCAUCAGACAUCGUCAUGGCGCUUGCGCGAUUCUUGCGCGUUAUUUUAUGUGGAUGGAGAAACUAAUUGUCUCAAUAAUAUCAUAAUUUAAAAUUGGUAAUAUGUACAGUUUUGAGACAUGAUACACAUAUACAGACAUGAUGCACUACGACGAAUGCAUGUACGUACGAUAUACGAUAUCUAAACAUGAUGCUUUCGACCCGAAAGUGCCUAAUUUCGUACGUAAAGACAUACAUCGACGUCGUGACAUGGAGUGUAAUAUAGACGACGAUGAGAUAUCGGAUGAGAGAUACAAUGCAAUAAGAGAACGACUGUAUGUUACAAUGUAACGAAGCAUCGAUCCGUGGAAACCCGAACAAUAGGUAAUCUUAAAAAUUAAUCUUAAAGAUGCACUCCAACUAUUCCAUCACAUUUGUAGUUUACAUUUCUCUUCUGGAAUACACAUUUAGAAUCACGAAAUCUGUUAUUUGAUUAUUAGGUCCAAUCCAUUUGAGACGCAUCAGAACAUGCAAAGCAGGAUAUGGAUCGGAAUAAUCUGGAUUGCAGCGGAAUCCGAUGGAAUAUGCUGGGAUAAGUCGCCGUCGUUGGAGAGAGUCGCAGAAAACGGAAUGGAGUGCAGUUUCCCAGGAUAGGCUUGGAUGUAAGUACAACCUAGAAAAACUCUUAUCACGACACGUAGCCUCUUUCAAGGAUGAGAAUCGAGUGGCGACUUCUCAGGGGUUGCGCGCGCGUGUCGAGGGGAUUGUGUUGCGCGAUAUCGGUGGCUGCGCGUUGACACACGGCGCGGGCUCUCGUUGCGUCGGCAGCGCAGCAUUACCAUCACGUUACCCUCGCGACACGGAGGAGCGAGCGGAGAGUGCGUCCUGACGCGCGCCAACCGCUUAGGUGAGGAAGCGCGCAGCUGAGAGAGCUGAGCUCGGCCUUCGUCAUCGCUCCGCCGUAGGCGCAGUUUAUCCCUCUUCACCGUCGCGUUCAUUUCUUCGAGCAAGUAGCAGUUGGACGAGUAUCAACAUCGUGCUCAAGUCGGCUUCGAAUAACGACGUGCUUCUAAGGUGACCAGGAUUCGAUCAGCUUGUCUUUUCAAAGAGCAUCGCCAAAGGUGUUCUCACGUGCGAAUACGUACGAGUGACUUUUAAAAUCAGUCUGUUGCUCCUCGUCUGUUGAAAUCCUCGGAGAGCUAUUUUCUUUAACGUAUCACGAUUGACUCUGGGAUCUGCUGGGUCGUCGACCUGUGGUCGUCUUGCGCGAGUGUCGCGUAGAGUUUCAUUGAACGGAGUGCAGUUCCGUAUCGUGAUCCUCUUUGUUAUCUUUAAUCCUCCUGGAAAUUUUCCAACUACAGGUGUCCUCCGCACAUAACGUCUCUGAUCAUCCCAUCGGUGAAGACGACUCGUUCCCGUCGGUCCACGCGACCAAUUGAUCAUAGUCUUCCUCUCUCUUUCUUGCGUCGCGUUAACCGGAAGCAGCAUGGGUGACCAAGAGCAACAGGAAACAAUGCCGAGCGUGGUGGAGUUGAAUGUGGGCGGCGUCUUCUAUACUACUGCCUUGACCACGCUGACCCGUGAGAGCGACUCGCAUCUUGCGACACUCUUCACGGGCAAAUCCGCCGUGGAGAAAGAUGCCAAGGGCAAGUACUUCCUGGAUCGCGAUGGUGUGCUCUUCCGUUACGUAUUGGACUUCCUGCGCAAUCAAGCAUUGGUUUUGCCCGAGGGCUUUCGCGAACGCGAGAGGCUCAAGCAGGAGGCUAAUUUCUACGGUCUUCCUGGUUUAGAGAAGGCCAUUUUGGAGAACGCCGAUUCUGGCGGGCAAACCGGCGGUGCGGUCGGCAAACGCGUACCAGGAUACAUUACUAUCGGCUACCGAGGCAGCUUCGCCUUCGGCCGCGAAGGCCUGGCCGACGUCAAGUUCCGCAAGCUCUCAAGGAUUCUCGUAUGCGGCCGCGUGGCACUCUGCCGGGACGUUUUCGGCGAGACGCUAAACGAGAGUCGCGAUCCCGACCACGGCAUGUCCGAUCGUUACACGUCGCGCUUCUUCCUGAAGCACAGCGUCAUCGAGCAGGCCUUCGACAUGCUGCAGGAGCAGGGCUUCAGGAUGGCGGGUAGUUGUGGUUCUGGCACUGCCGGCAGCAACUCCGAGCAGCUGAAACCCGGCGUGGAUUCCGAGGAGAAUCGCUGGAAUCACUAUAAUGAGUUCAUCUUUGUGCGCGAUUAAAGAGCUUCGUUAGCAGUCUUUUCCGAUAACCGCGAGUAAAGUGUACUUUGCGGUUGAUCUGAUCGUCGUCGAUGACUCGCAUCCUUUAAAACGAAGCGGCAAACACAGAGAAAAAGACUUCCUCAGGUACUUGAAAUGGUUUAGGUAGAAGCGAAAAUGGAGAAAUGUAAGAACACUUGUUGUGUGCUUAACGUGUGAGCGCGUAACGCAUGACAAAUGAGACUUUUUCGUUGAUUGCACAUAUAAUGAAGUCGAUAUAUAAUAUCGGAUUUAGCAAAAGUUGGUAGGAAAAGUUGGAAAGCGUCGAACGUUCGUCUCGCGAAGUCCUUAAUUAAUUUCAUCUCGCUAGAAAUUUUCCCGAAGUUAUCACAUUAUAAUUAAUCAAUGUCGACAUAACUAGGAAUUUGGAGCGUUCUAUUUCUAAGAGUACCAACAUCGUCAGCCUUCUCUGAAUCAUUAAUUCUUGAGUUCCUUUCACUUUAAUGGGCUCUUUUAUCAGAAUGAGAAGGAUGGAUAAGGCAACGGAUAGAUUUUCGUGUUUCGAUAGAACCCUUAUUUGAAAUGACACUUGAUUAAUACUGAUAACAAGAAAUUAUAAACGUAUUAAAGAGAAUUAUGAACUCGUCAAUUAUGACUAUGUUGGAUCUUUAAAUGUCAUUUGUUGAUAAUCCUGUUAAAAUUGCGUAGUGCAAAAUUAUAAGUAGCAAAUCAACAUCGAAUUAUAACAGCUAAAAAAUAUUUGUUUUAAAUCAAAGAUAUUUCGUUGAAUUUGUUUAAUCAUAUUGUAUGUCUUUCACGUAUAAUUAAAUAUUUAAUUCUAUAUGAAUUUGAUUGACAAUUGCACAGAUAGAAUCGAAAACUUCUCUGAAUACGACGUUUUUCAUAAUCGAAACGUGCCGACGGCAGCGUCUAAAAUUGUCCUUCCCGACAAAAAUCUGACUCAGAGAUUGUUGCGAGGGAGAGACGUUUAUUAAAAAGCAGUCUCACAUAUAUCCACGAGAUGAAAAACGCCAAUGUCAGGCGUUUUUCAUUGCUAGUAGACGCGAAAGAAGACGGCGAAUGAAGGGCGCAAGAGGAAAGCGGAUCCGGGCGAAGGCUCAGUGAUGUUGAAAUAUCUGCGAACGUACGCGACUUGACUAUUUAAAAGAGCAACAGUGUCAGGCUACAUGUUAGUGAUAAAUAUCACCGGAAAUGACGGACGAUAAAAUGCAAGGAAACAGACUUGACACAAAUGGAAGUAUCUUAAAAUUGAUCGAACGCAAAUGAUGCACAAUAACUUUCGCCUUUUUCUUAUUCGCGUCUGACGUGGAGGAAAAUUAAAGGAAAAUCCCAAUUAUCGAGAUCAUCAUUUGAAGAAAGUCUCCGGUACUGUCUGGUACGCGCGUUAAGUAGUUAGUACUAGUAAAUAGUCGGUCCGAGUGAUCACUGCUAAUGUAUGGUCAGACCGAAUGCUUAUCACUAGUUGGAUUAAAUUAAUUAAUGGUGUGCUAGAUACGGAUAUCUUUUUUUCAAUAGAAAGUAUUCAUAAAAAGCAGUUUGUGUUGUGCAAAGAUUUAAAAGAAUAAUAUAAACACACUAACACUAUUGUCGUAAAGUAUCCUUUCGGCAUAAACUUAAACAGCUAACUAGCUUUAUUCUCGGUGGUCGGGCAGUCUUGUUGAAUGCAUGUACUUACAACCUGACACGAUGUCAAACGCGCUAUUCAAACAACGGUACGUUGGAUACGUGUCACUUGUAACAAUUCUUCAUCAGGUUUUUAAGAGCAUGAACAAGGUAAUGCUUUUUUCUUUUGUGUUUAAAAUUUUUUUUCUUAUUUCUCUUCUGUAAGCGUUUUUUUUUUUUUUUUUUUUU